CUGCUUGUGUGCCAUUAUAUGAAUAGUCCAUAGUCUUUAAGUAUACUUGUACUCACUGAAGUCCAUAAGCAUACUUCAUAUUGAAGUCCAAACAGCAACAUGCAUACAUCCACCUCUACUGAGGUCUGAUGCAAAAGAGAAGACAAACUGGUGUCCUGAGUCUGAACAUGCUCAGUACAGUCACAUGUCUAUAACCCCUUCCUCAGAAAAGAGGUACAGUCAAACUGGCAAAUCAACAUACACAUAGAAUACAGGUUAGCAAGUACAUACAUUAACAAAUAAAUAGUGAGAGGCUUGGGAGGUUGUUAUUUCCAGCAGAUGAUGCAUGGGUGGGUGGGAUUGGUUUAUAUUUUACACCCCUCUUCUUGAGGUCUUCUUGUGUGCUCCUAGGAGCUCUUAAACCUUGGCCUGAAAGAAAUCUGUCCAGAAGUCCCUUUAAAGUAGUGAUCCCCAGAGCCACCUAAAAUGCAGCUUUUAAAGGCCCCAGGUUACGAGGUGCCCAUAAAAUUACACACACAUACCAGUUCUUUGGGGGCUCUUAAACCUAACCUAGCCCUGAUAUCCCAGCGUGAUUUAAUCCAGUUUUAACAUAGGCCUGUUCUCCUGCUCUGUUUGGAAGUCGUUUCCUCAGCGAAGAACCUUUUCCUCUAUAUCUUGGCCCUGGCUCUUUCUCUCUGCAGAGAAAUAAGUACGCGGCCAAAGCGCUGCAGGGCUGGGGUGGAGAAAGAGGCAGAGAAACGGAGGCUGGGAGGCAGGAAGGGAGAGGAACCAGUGGGGCAGAUUGGGCUGCUUGUUGUGUGGGACUCUCUGCCUCCCGGUCCGUUUCUCCUUUCCGCCUCGGGAAACCGAAGCCAGCCAGCUCACUGUGCCUUGCCCUGGACUCCGGCCCUUGUGAGUGAGUGUGUCUGUAUGAGUGAGUGAGUGAGUGUGUGCCAGCAAGCGAGUGUGUGCCUAAUAGGAAAUAGUAAAAGCAGCGAGGCAGGUCACUCGGCCAGCGAUUAGAGAUCUCAGGCCAGUCAAGCAGCGCCUCCGCAGAAGCAGCCAGGAGUAAAGUGGGAGUAAGGGCAGAAUAGUAGCAGCAGCAGGGCCUCGGCGGCGGCUGUCUCGGCGCCUCCGCUCGCCAAUGAGCUCCUACUUCGUCAACCCGCUCUACUCCAAGUACAAGGCGGCGGGGGGAGGAGGGGGCGAGCCGGUCAUCAAUCCCGCUUACUACGAGUGUCACUUCUCGCCCGCCGCCGCCGCCCUCCUCUACGGCAACAGCGCCUUUCCCGGACCGGGAGGCAGCAGUGGGCCGGAAUACUACCACCACCAGCACCACCAGCACCCGCCCGGCAGCAGCCCCUCCGCCUACAACCAGCCGCUGGGUCCUCCUCCUCCUCCACCACCGCCUCCGUCCCAGGCCUCCUACGCCGCCGUCCUGCCUUGUCCCGGGGAGCCGGCCAAGUUUUACGGAUACGAUAACUUACAGAGACAGCCGGUUUUUACGACGCACCAAGAGGCCGAGCUGGUCCAGUAUCCUGACUGUAAAUCGUCCAGUGCUAAUCUUGGCGAGGACCCAGAGCUCUUAAAUCAUGGCGCGUCUCCGUCUCCGAUGUUUCCCUGGAUGAGACCACAAGCUCCUGGAAGGCGGAGAGGAAGGCAAACCUACAGCCGCUUCCAAACGCUGGAGCUGGAAAAGGAGUUCCUUUUUAAUCCCUAUUUGACCAGAAAGCGAAGGAUCGAGGUCUCCCAUGGGCUAGGACUCACCGAAAGGCAGGUCAAGAUCUGGUUUCAGAACCGGAGGAUGAAAUGGAAAAAAGAGAACAACAAGGACAAAUUCCCUGCUGCCAGGCAAGAGGGAGAGGACACCGAAAAGGAAGCCCAGGAGGACGUGGAAGGGAGAGUGGAAGACCCAGUGGAUUGAGGUUGUCCUGGCUUCUUCCUCUUCCUACCGCCAACCUUGGCCAAAGACGAUGAAUAGAAAGGAGGAGGGCUACCUCUUGCCGGUCUCCCCCACUUCCACUACUCAGGCACCUUUGCCGCAAGGGCCCUGCCUUGCUUCUUAAGCUACCUGUGUUUAGAGUUUUAUUUUAUUUAUCCUUGCACCGGGCACCCAAUGGGGAGUCCCACCUGGCGGCUGCUGAUUCUGCACCUGUCCCCACCCUCACCCCAACUCUGUCCUUCACCUGAAAUUUGAUCUUGGGGGAAAAAGAAAUCAAGGGAUUUUCUACCUGGGGAAUACCUACUGGGGGACUUCUUUUCUAUAUCAAGGAUGAAAUGUCAGGCCUAUUCAAAGUUUUGAGGAAUCGAAUCAACCUAAGUGCAAUUGCAAUGUCUCUGGAAUUUUCUUUGUCAAGUUUGGAAAAAAAAUAAUCAGAUAUUGAAUAAUAUUUUAAACAAAUGCUUCCAGAAUUUGGGAGAAAUAUUUUAAUUAAGUAUUGAUCUCAAUCGAUCAGAAAAUCAAAUAAAAUUUAAUUCCAAAUGUAA